AUGGCUUGCUGCAUUGGUGCCAGGUUGGCAUAUUCAGUGAAGCAGGCUUUUAAUGCCCAUGAGAUUAAAACAAUAUUUUGGAGCGACUCUAGGGUAGCUUUAUACUGGUUAAAAGAACGUGGUGAUUGGACAGUUUUUGUCUCGAACAGAGUAAAAGAAAUAAAUAAUUUGUUUCCUAAUAAUGAAUGGCGACAUGUGCCAGGGAAAAUGAAUCCCGCUGAUCUGAUUUCGCGAGGGUGUUCCCCUAAGAAAUUGUUAGAAUCCUGCUGGUGGAAAGGCCCGGCAUGGUUGUUGCAAGCAAGAGACAACUGGCCUGACACCGAAAUAUUGAUAACGGAAACACCCGAAAUAACACUUGAAAGGAGAAAGGUUAGGUUAUGUAAUAUUAAUUUGUUGGAAGAGAGAGUCCCGUGGUAUGCCAUUAAAUUCUCAAAUUUCCAUUCAAUAGUUAGAAUGGUUGCAUGGAUAUUGAGAUUUAUCAGUAAUGUAAGAUCGCGCCAUGAUACUAGACGGGGGGGAGAACUUCUAACGCAGGAGAUUGAAAAUGCUGAAAUUCUGCUUAUUCGUAAUGUGCAAGCUCAAUUUUUUCCUAAUGAAACCUCUUUUCGGAACUUGUGUGUUUUCAAAGAUGUGAACGGAAUUAUCAGAGUUAAAACUCGAAUUACUGAACGCAUAGAUAAGCCUUUCUUCUUCAUUUCACCUAUUCUUCUUCCUGAUAAAUGUAUCUUUACUCAAAGACUGAUUGAAUAUUUUCACCGAGAAAACUGUCAUGCUGGAACCCAGAUAUUACUAAGCAUAUUGCGUGAAAAGUACUGGAUUACAAGAGGAAGAAGAGCGAUACAUAGUGUUUUGAAGGACUGUAUUAAAUGUCGACGAUACAAAACUAAAUCUCUCGUCACUGAACCAGUUUCCUUACCUGCUGAUAGAGUGGAAAAUGCAGCAGCUUUCGAAGUAGUUGGUAUUGACUUGGCAGGUCCCCUAUUUGUAAAACGUGGGGACAAAGUAUGGAUGGUUCUCUACACGUGUGCUCUUUAUAGAGCAAUUCAUUUAGAGUUAAUAACAUCGCUUUCCACUGAUGCUUUUCUGUUAUCAUUUAGACGUUUUGUUGCUAGAAGAGGAAGACCUAGAGUGGUUUAUACAGACAACGGUACAAACUUUAGGGGAGCUUAUAAUAAUUUGUUAGAAAUUGAUUGGAGUAAAAUAACUCGACAAACAGAAAUACAGAAGAUCGAAUGGAAAUUCAUUCCCCCCCACUGCUGGUGGGGCGGAUGGUGGGAAAGACUUGUUCGAGUAGUCAAAGAACUCCUUAGGAGAACAUUGGGCAGAGCUGUUCUUACCUAUGAAGAACUGGAAACAGUUAUGUGCGAAUGUGAAAGGGUAGUAAAUUCGCGACCCCUUGACAUAUUUUAUCCGAAGAUACAGAAGACUUAG